AGGCAUAGCAAAUGCGUUUGGAACUUCCUUCUCAGUCCAUUGAUGCCUCUCGACAUCCACACAGAGACUUGUCUUGAUUCCUUCUCUACUCUAUUUAUAAUAGUCUCCUCCAAGUCCCCCAGACUUUCAAAAAAAAUAAAACUAUAGAGAUAUCUUCAAAGCGAAGAGAAACAGAGGAGAAGGAUAUGGGGAACUGCCAGGCGGCGGAGGCAGUGGCGACGGUGAUCCAACACCCAAGUGGCAGGCUGGAGAGAAUUUACUGGCAGCUGAAGGCCAACGAGGUGAUGGCAGCCAACCCCGGCCACUAUGUCGCCGUUAUCGUCACCACCAUGUCUUCGGCGUCCGACUCGCCGGUGAGGCAUCUUAAGUUGCUCCGACCGGACGACACGCUCCAUAUUGGCCAUGUUUACCGCCUCGUUAGCUUCGAAGAGGUGUUGAGAGAGUUUGGAUCGAAGAAGAGAGUUAGGCUGAGUAAGUUGCUCAUGAAGCAAGAGAAUAGGAAAAAGAAUAAUCAUCACAAGGAGAGAAAGGAAAGAGGAACAGAAGAUGGUGAUGGUGGAGAUUCUAAUCAAGAGAAUUCUUCUUGUUCCAUG